AUGGCAACCCCCAGUGCCGUCGUCGGCUCUGCCGUCAACGGCGGCUCGUCUGGCGCGACCGCGACCGGUCUGAUUAUGAACUCGGGCGCGGCCUCCGGUACUCUUGCCGAGACUAUCGCCUCGAUGGCUGCGACCGCAGUCGCAAGCGCCGCCGCCUCCCCCAGCACCUCGAUGAACGCUACGGUCCUUGAGAAGGCCCAGCAGGCUAAGCGUGAUGAGGACACCCCUCGUGACCUGGCGAUCGGCCUCGCGGCGCUCCUUGUCCUCGUGAUGAUCAUUGUGCACCCCGAGUUCCUUGCCCGUCUCUUUGCCUCGAUGCGCCGCAAACGUGUCGAGCAUGCCGAGGACCUCGCCCGCCCCUCGUAUGUGUUCGACAUGCAGGCCAAGAAGAACCAGCAGCAGCAGGACGUUGUCGCCGCUCCCCGGGUUGUCGCUGGCGGCGACCUGUGGACUGGCUGGUUCCUGCGUGCUGGUAAAAAAGGCACUACCAGCGCGUUCCGUGCCGGUGGCUCGUCUACCGCCGUCGACCGCUUUCCUCCCAACACUGAGAGUGGGAAGAAUGGCGUACAGCCUCGCUCGGCACUUGCCCCUCCUCCACACAUUGCUCCUCUUACCAGCCGCCUGCCGUUCGGCUCAUACCUCGACAAGGCCCCGUUCGCACGCUGGGCCAGCCCCUUCACCACCCGUGCCAGCGUCAGCUCGCUGAUCGUCAUCGCCAUCUACCUCGCCAUGACCCUCGUUGCUUGCAUCUACAAGUCGAACGUUGCAAAGAAGACCUCGGCCCACGGUUACGGCGAGGACUACACGCGUACCGGCCUCGUCGCCAUGGUCCAGGUUCCCCUUGUCAUCGCCCUCGGUGUGCGUGGCAACAUUAUCGGUUUGGCGACCGGCCAGGGCUACGACCGUUUGCGCAUCUUCCACAAGAUUGUCGGCCGUGUCUGCUUUGUCUGCUGCGCGAUCCACACCAUCUUCUACCUCAACAAGUGGGGCAAGGCAGGUACCCUGGGCAAGUCGACAAAAUCCAACGUCUUCAUUACCGGCAUGCUUGCGUUCGCCGCCACAUGCCUUAUCAUCAUCACCUCGCUCCCAGCCAUCCGCCGCAGCGCCUACUAUUUCUUCAAGAUUACUCACAUUAUCGGUGUGAUUCUCCUGCUGGUCGGCCUGGCUAUGCACGUCACUGUCGCCGUCCCCUGGGUCAUUGCCAGCGGUGCCAUCUACCUGUUCUCGAUCAUCAUGCAGCUCAUGAAGACCCGCUUCGCUCGUGCCGAGCUGGUGGCGUUUGGCGGCUCGACCACUACCCUCAUCACCAUUCCCGGCAUCACCGCCGGCUGGCGCGCGGGUCAGCACGUCCGUCUCCGUGUCCUCAACCUGCCCUACAACAAGUGCGCCGAGGCUCACCCCUUUACGAUUGCCUCGGCACCAGACUCGGGCGGCCUCGUCCUCAUGGCCAAGGCUGCUGGUGACUGGACGUCGUCUCUUUACCACCUCGCGUCCAGUGGCGGCGACAAUGACGGCGAGGUCGGUGUCUGGAAGCGUAAGGCGCACGUCAUGGUCGAGGGCCCCUACGGUGGUCUUGGCCACACCCUCCCCACCGCGUUCUCGUCCAUCGUCCUCAUUGCUGGCGGCUCGGGUAUCUCGCACUCGCUUUCCCUGACCCAAGACCUCAUUGAGAGGUCGCCCACGGGUGUCGUUGGUGCCCGCACCAUCGACCUCGUCUGGGUCGUUCGUGUCCAGCAGACUGCUCGCGCCCUGAUGCCUACCCUCAACACCCUUGUUGAACGCGCCCGCGUGUGGGAGAAGCGCGCCCUCGACGGUCGCCGCCACGGUGCCGACCUCGCUCUGCCCAUUGCCGUCCGCAUCCACAUCUUCGUCACCCGUUGCCCCGACAGCUCGCCGCUCACUCUCCUCAACAGCCAGCCCAGCGGCCGCAACAACAUGCACGAGAAGCUCUCCCCCUCUGCCUCGGGCCACGGCCGCAGUAACAGUGUUGAUUCCUCGGACAGCCACGGCUCGGACGAGAGUGGCCAGUACACCACCGACGACCACUGGGCGCUGCCGGUCAUGCCCGGUGUCCUGCCCGCGCGCCUUUCCGCCCGCCUCUCGGGCAUCUUCCAGCCGACAGCCGCUCAGCACACCAAGGCCGACUGGCUCGCCAAGAACCCCGACAACGUCCGCCUCACGCAGGUCUACUCGCGCCCCACCGACCCGCUCGAGGCCAUGUCCGAGAUCUUUGCGUACCGCGGCAGGCCCGACUUGAACGCCAUCAUGGCCAGCGUGACCGACGAGACCAUCUCGCGCCAUGGCCGCACCCUCACCGACCCGACGGGUAUCUUUGUGUCUGCGUGCGGACCCGAGUUCCUCGUCAACGACGCCCGCGACGCCACCCUCGACGUCAAGCGCUGGAAACGCAACGCCGUAGGAGGCACAGAGUUCUCGGCAGAGUUCUUUGGCUUCUAA